CGUGGGCCUUUUUUGUGAGUACAGUAACGAUUUCGAAAUUAAUUUUUGUUUUAAAUAAAUGCUCUUUUAUAAAUUAAAACAUAUAUUUCUUUAAUUGUUCAGUUUAAAAGAAUAAUAAAAUCGAAAGAAUGUCGUUCAGAGGACGUGGUGGUGGCGGAGGAGGACGUGGAGGUGGCGGUGGAGGCGGUUUCCAAAGACGUGGCGGCGGUGGAGGUGGUGGCGGAGGCGGUGGAUUCCGUGGAGGUCGUGGUGGCCGUGGAGGAGGAGGUGGCGGCAGAGGCAACUUCGACACCGGCCCACCAGACUACGUGACCGCUUUGGGACACUUCAGUUACCCAUGCCAAGACGAUCUGGUGUGUAAAGUUGAUAUCGACGAUGUGCCUUAUUUCAAUGCACCAAUUUACUUAGAAAACAAAGAACAAAUCGGUAAAGUCGAUGAAAUUUUUGGAACAGUAAGAGACUAUUGCAUCUCAGUAAAACUUUCGGAUAACAUGAAAGCCAGUAGUUUUAAGCCACUAGAGAAACUUUUCAUAGAUCCACAAAAGUUAUUACCCAUCAAAAGGUUCCUGCCACAACCUCCACAGGCUAAAGGCGCAAAGAAAAAGGGACCCGGUGGAGGUGUUGGUGGUGGACGAGGUGGUGGUGGCCGUGGCGGAUUUGGUAGAGGUGGCGGCGGUGGUGGUGGUCGCGGUUUCGGACGAGGUGGCGGCGGCGGUGGUGGUCGUGGAGGUGGAGGCGGUGGAUUCGGCCGUGGUGGUGGCGGCGGUUUUGGUCGCGGUGGUGGUGGAGGAGGUGGUCGAGGACGUGGCGGUGGAGGAGGCGGAGGUGGCCGAGGACGUUGGUAGAUUAAUCCAGAUAUUAAUUUUAGUACUUUUCUUCCCAAUUGACCUAACGGAUGCUUUUAAGAUAUAGAAUUUAAAUACAAGUUGAAAAUAAUUAUGUAAAUAUUACAUACCACACACAUUCUGACACACAAAGAUUGUACUUUUACUUUCAAAUAAAUGAAUUUUUUGAUAUAAACAAACUUUAAAUCAUA